AUGUCGGAGAGGAUGCUGAACAAAACACCAGCUAAGCGGACCACUCCUGCACUCACACCCCCGACCCUCUCAUGCUCCAAGGGCGGAUUCAGAAUGAUAACCGCUAACAGCGCCCCAAAAAGGCGCCGACAACGGGACCGGCAGCACAGACAGAAACGAAAAGCCUGUCCUAUAUCCAGCACCCACACUCACCUCAAGCCACCACGACGCCGCACCGGACCAGAGGCACCCUGCCCAUCAGGACAGCGCCCACUACCUGACAAAGCAAACCUCCGCCACUACAGGCCGGAUGCCUGGCACUUAGCCACAUAA